GAAACAGCUAGUAUACGAUUAAAACGCAAUCUUGCGUCCUCAAAAUCUCAAUUCUGCGUCAGUAAGAAAACUACUUAACGAUGCGAUAUUCAUUUAUCGGUAGUUAUAAUAUGUCAUACCUAGACUCGUAUUGAAAUUAACUUGUUCAACGCAUGCUGUAUUGCAUGACAUCAAUAAGAUCCCUCCAUGGCAGAUGCUGUGCUCCAUAAAGCCCGGAAUAUUUUUUUGAUCAUGGCAGCGAAGGUGUUAUCCUAAGGAACCUAGGCACAAAUAUGGCACAUCUUUUUAUAAAAAGUCAUCAAUUUAAGGUCUAGAUCCGCUACAUACAAUUCUUGCAAUAAUAAAUUUAGGUUACGUGUUUUUAUCGUGUUUUCAAUUGGAGCUCAAUUUUAAUGGUACCCUAAUGCAUUUGAAAGCAGCAAAAUAAGUGUUUCUGAUACUUCAAAGAAGUUAUUUAUACUUCUUAAGAAUUUGUCACAAACUGUGGAUGCCUGGGUAUAAAUUUGUCUUUGACCUUCGUUUUAAAAGUAAUGCUUAUGAAACAUCGAGAAAUACCCAGUUUUUAAGUAUUUAGAAUCAAAAUUACUUUUAUUUUCAAAACAUGUUUUUCAGGAACUUUCAUGUAAUAAGUUGUCAGUUGACCUACAGAAGAUUUGUGCAAUUUUUUUCAUUUCACUGUAACUGUGAUGGUUGUGGAAAAAAUGUUUAUCUGUUCUGUGAUCCUAUGAAAAUAAUCAUGUUUUUUAUUGAGGUCACUUUAUGUUUAUACAUAUAGAUGUUGUAAAAAGAUUAUAUUAUUUUCAUUGUAUAGUUAUUAAGUGGUUUUAUAAUCACCUGUAUCUAAUAAGCGUAUGUCUCAAUUAAAGUUAAUUUAUACACAUCGUAUUACAUAUAAGACGUUAGAAGACGAUGUGUAUGAUAUCUUUAUAGAAUGUCUCAGCAAAGAAGCAUAGCAAUAAUUGGCUGUGGACCAUGCGGAAUGUCGAUGCUAUCUGCUUUUCGCCAGGCUGAAAUAAACGGUGAAACAAUACCUAAUAUCGUUUGCUUUGAAAAACAAAAUGCCAUAAGUGGUUUAUGGAAUUAUAACUGGAAGCAUGGUUUAGACGAGUUUGGUGAGUAUGUCCAUAACAGCAUGUAUCGCACGUUGUGGUCAAACGGGCCAAAAGAGUGCUUGGAAAUGGCGGAUUAUUCAUUUAAAGAGCAUUUUAAAAAAGAAAUACCAUCUUAUCCUCCAAGAGCUGUGUUGCAAGAUUAUAUACUUGGUAAAGCGAAGAAACACAAUAUUUCCAAAUUUGUCAAAUUGAACACUGUCGUCAGAUCUGUAAAGGAGAAAGAGGAUAAGUUUAUGCUGACAUACGAGGAUUUAGUAAACAAAAAUGUUGCAGAGGAAGAAUUUGAUUACGUCAUUGUGGCUACUGGUCAUUUCUCAAUACCACAUAUACCAAAUUAUCCUGGACUUGAGCAAUUUCCUUGCAGAAUUCUUCAUAGUCAUGAUUUUAGAAAUUCAGAAGAGUUUAAAGAUCAAACCAUUGUUUUUCUUGGCUCCAGUUACUCUGCAGAGGAUAUUGCUUUGCAGUGUUACAAAUAUGGAGCCAAAGAAUGCAUCAUAUCAUAUAGAGCCAAACCAAUGGGUUUCAAGUGGCCUGAGGGAAUAAAAGAAGUUCCACAACUUCAACGAGUUGAGGGGAAUACCUUUUACUUCGCCGACGGUAGUUAUGCCAGUGCCGAUUGUUUGAUUAUGUGCACAGGAUACCAACAUUCUUAUCCUUUUCUAAGUGAAAAUAUCAAGUUGUCUGCAACCAAUCGCAUUUAUAUUGAUAAACUGUACAAGGGAAUAAUAUUUGAGAAAAAUCACAAAGUGAUAUAUCUCGGAGCGCAAGAUCAGUACUACACUUUCACAAUGUUUGAUGCUCAAGCUUUGUUUGCACGUGAUUAUGUACUUGGAAAGAUCAAAUUACCAAGCAGUCGAGAAAUGAGAGCUGACAUUGAGAAGUGGAUGGACCGUUUCAAUGACGUAACUACGCAUUUCGAAGAGAUAGAUUUUCAAGGUGACUAUAUAAAAGAUUUGAUGAAGUUCAUAGACUAUCCCCAACAUGAUAUUGACAAGAUGAAUGAAAUUUUUAAACAAUGGAAAAGAGAUAAGUACAAGGAUAUUUUGACAUAUCGAGAUGUCAGUUUCGACUCCGUAAUUACUGGCAAGCCCUCGCCUAAAAUGAAGAUCACUUGGUUAAAAGCAAUGGAUACUUCUCUUGACUGGUUUGUUAACAAAAGUCACGAAUAAUUGUCGAUGAUAAAUAAAAGACUUUUAGUAACUGAACGCGUACUUCUCUUUGCGAAAAUGUGUCAGACUUUAAAUUUAAAAAAAUUGCUGGUGAUCACGAAUUAGAUAUUAGUUAAAUUUUUAGGAGAUUUUUUACCAAUUCAAUUGAUAAUGUUAGUAUAUCUUUAGUACAUGUACAUCACUUGUGAGGAAAUACUUUUAUUCCAGCGAAAAAACCUACCAUUGCGUACUGUGCCCCAAGACCUGCUCGUAUUUUUCACGGAAAAUAUCCAAAUUUCGUUGCGAUGGUAUUUCAGAUUGUUUACAAUGUUGCACAUGAGACAGCAAGGUCAGCCAAAAUUAUUUUAAAAUAUGUAAAGGUUAGUUAUUGUCUUUUCGCGCGAUUCCUGAACAAUAUUUUGUGUCACUAUGUCGGACUUUGUUCUAUUUCGAGUAAUUCUUAUAAUUUCUGGGCCAAAUUUGCACUUUUUUACAAUACUAUAAUUUCAUUAAUUAAUUGAGAAGCUAUUGUAAGCUAACAGCAGACUGACAUCUGUGU